AUGCCUGCAAGUACACACCCAACGCCACGCCUCACGCUUCUGGACCAAACAUUCUGGGAAGUCCUUCCAGCAAACUACGACAAGAUCAAACAGCGCUGGGGCAAAAUUGCCACACUACAUGACGAAAUAAGCUUCGCACUGUUACCUUCAGAAAUUUCAGGCGCGCUAACCUCGCUCAAAGCAGAGCUCAAAAUGCUGGAGAAGGACGUGGAAGAGUAUCGUGUCAUCGCACGCGGCAUUGACAUUACAGAUGUAGCAGAGAUAUAUGUUGUUGCGGGUAAAUCACGACAGAGAGCAUUACAGAUUGCGAAAGCAGAUUUUGAGGAUGUGGAGGCGAGUUUGGGAAUGAUUGAGAACAGCACGAAGGAGGUCAGGGCUGAGCUUGCCUAUAGUUUUGAUCGGUUUGCAUGCAAUGCGAGGGCUGCUGAAGCUACAUAA